GCAGCACACAUCACUUAAAUCGCUUGAAAUACUUUCCCUUAGUUAUCUGCACUGAAAAUUAUAUGUUGGACUAGUUGAAAUUUCUAUGAAACUUGUCGUAUAUAAAAAUUAGGAAAAUUGUUUUGCGGAACUAAGAUAAUGGAGAUAGAAAAUUUUGACGUGUAAUGAAAGCAUCUUCCUUCAGCACUAAAGACAAAAGUUAUCAAACAAAUUCUUUAUCUCUAGUUGCAAAAAUGGUCUUUAUUGUAAGAAGACACCUGCAGACAUAAAAUGGUAAAUGUUGGAAGCUGUCACUCAAUAUGGACUCUCUUGAUGAAUUAAUGAACAAUUUUGAUGUGAAAGAGUUUCUUACAGAACUUCCAAGUUCUGCAACAAAUUCAUCACAGAGCCCAGGACUAAAGGCAGACGGUGACGAUCCAAUCUCUAAUUACUCCAUCGACGAAGAAUGUUCAUUCACAGAAACUGAACCCAUGUCCAGUCUUCACUUGCCACAACACGUCCCAACAACAACUGAGGUGCACGGUCUUUAUAAUUUUCAAGUGGAACUUGGGCCACAGUUGAGAAGAGUUGCCAAUCCAGAAUGGGUGUUUAAAAACAACAAGUUGUACAUCAAGUCAGGAACAUUGUGUCCAAUCAUGUUUUCUUCGUCAGACAACAUACCAGAGAGUUGUAAUAUAAGAAUAAUGGCUGUAUUCAAGAAUGUUGAAGAUGCCAGAGACAUUGUGAGAUGUUGUCCAAACCAUGUCAUGGAAAAUGCAGACAAACUAUCUUUUUCAACAGUCAAACAUUUCGUUCGAUGCGAGAGUGAUCAAGUUUUGUAUAAAGAAUGUCCAUUGACAGGAAGAUAUUAUCUUGUCUUGCCUUAUACACCAAACAAAAUAGAUACUCAUACGAAAAGACUGAGUACUCACGAACUGCUAUCAUUUGUCUGUAACAAUUCAUGUGUCGGCCUCAACAGACGGUCUAUCCAAAUUAUUUUUGAGAUCAGUCACAGACAAAUGGUCUUGGGUCGACGUUUGUUGGAAGUGCGAGUUUGUGCAUGUCCAGGAAGGGACAGUACCAUUGAAGAACGACAACAAAGACAACCAUUUAAACGAAGAAGAAGAUUAGAAGAUGAAAUCUUUACUAGAUCAUUUAUGAACAGUGAAGAGCCUUCCCAAGGUUCACCAUUAAAUAUUACGCAUGAAAACAAAGGACCAUCAUACAAAAGAAAGACAUCAACGGAAACAUUUUAUCUCAAGGUCAAUGGAAGACAAAAUUUUGUAAUUAUGGAACGAAUUUCUAAAGCACUUGAACUUUUCACAAGCAUGGAAAAACGAUUUUUCUCUAAAAGCCGACCUUUUCAUGUGAGUGAACAAAAACAAAAUCAAGCAAGACAAGGCUAUCACAAGAAUAUUGAAGAUUCAUCAAGCAACAGAUCUGUGUAUUACAGAAAUCACAUUGACAGUCAACAAUUCUUACCAAAUGAGUUAGAAGACAAUGUCAACUGGUUCAACGUAAGUAAGAACAAGGAAGCAAAUGAUGUGAGGAAAACGAUGACAAGAUCGCAAAAUAUGCAGAUUUCUUAUUCAAAGGAAACAGUGCGACAUACAAAUCACUAAAUACUUGAAUACUGAACGUCAAUCAACAAUAUUUCAUUCUUGAAAUAUUUUCAAUGAAAUUGUAACAAAGUUAAUUGUCCACAAACAAUAUUUACAUGUUUAAUACAAUAAGAAAUCAGUUGCUCUUUAAGAAAUUUCAA